CUUAGGCGCGGACGCGGGUCAGUCUCGGGAAUACUGCGCUUGCAGGUGUAGGAUUCCACGUGGGAGUCUUGCUGGACUGGCUGAUACAGACCUGCAAGGUGGACUUGAUUUUCAUGGCUGUUUCUCUUUCCCUGACGCCACUUUUCCAGGACGGUGACCUUCCAGAGAGGAGGAAAUGACCUAGUGCCGGGUAGGAGAUUUGAAUGAAAAUUCUAUGGAGAAUCUUCAAGAAAAAAGACUUAGGGAUCUAUUACCUAGGGGCUUUUCUGCUGGCCAGUUUUAGAAGAUAUGGCCAGCACAAUAACAGAGUCAGGAUUGUAUUGUGAAUCUUCCAGGAGAAGGGUACAGGAAUCCUGAACUAGAUUGUUCCCUUUGUCAGAAGUAGGGAAAAGCAUCUUCUGUAUUUCUAGAAACAAGAGCAGUAUGGUGACUCUUCAAAGUGAUGAUUAUAAAAACAUGGCAAGUGAAGAAUAUUUGUCUUUGAAAGUCCCAAGCCAAGUGGCCACAAAGGGCUCCUCAGUGACUUUCUGCAAAAAUGAGCCCCAGGAUCCUCAGAAAAGUAAAAGUCUGUUUAUAACUGAAGAAGGCACUGAGAGAAAAGUCUUGGGAGGAGAAAGUCCUCCCACGGACCAUUGUUCAGAGAACCUUCAAAUUAAACUUUUGUCUGAUGUAACAGAACUGGUCUCGCCAUUGGUCAGUGGUGAGGCGACUUGCCAGAAUGGCCAGUUGAGAGAAUCUUUGGAUCACUUUGACUGUAACUGCAAAGACAUUUGUGGUUGGAAAUCACAAGUGGUCGGUCGUAGUCAUCGGAGAGCUCAUACAGAGGAGAAACCCUGUAACCAUUACAACUGCAGGAAAAGACAUAACAGCUCAGGCAGUAAUCCGUGUGAGAAAAUCCACACUGCAGAGAAGCUACACAGAAGUAGUCAGUGUGGUAAGGACUUCAGCGAGCGCUCAGAACUACUACUUCAUCAAAGACGCCACGCAGAAGAAAAGCCCUACAAAUGUGAGCAGUGUGGGAAGGGCUUCACGAGGAGCUCCAGUCUCCUCAUCCAUCGAGCAGUCCACACGGAUGAGAAACCCUAUAAGUGUGACAAGUGCGGAAAAGGCUUCACAAGGAGUUCAAGUCUGCUCAUUCAUCACGCAGUCCAUACAGGCGAGAAGCCUUAUAAAUGUGACAAGUGCGGGAAGGGCUUUAGUCAGAGCUCCAAACUGCACAUUCAUCAACGAGUGCACACUGGCGAGAAGCCCUAUGAGUGUGGGGAGUGUGGUAUGAGCUUCAGUCAGCGCUCCAACCUGCACAUCCACCAGCGAGUCCACACUGGGGAGAGGCCCUACAAAUGUGGGGAAUGUGGGAAGGGCUUCAGUCAGAGUUCGAACCUUCACAUUCACCGGUGCAUACACACAGGUGAGAAGCCCUUCCAGUGCUACGAAUGUGGGAAGGGCUUUAGCCAGAGCUCUGAUCUCCGCAUCCAUCUCAGAGUCCACACUGGAGAGAAGCCCUAUCACUGUGGCAAGUGUGGGAAGGGAUUUAGCCAGAGCUCAAAACUCCUCAUCCACCAGAGAGUGCAUACUGGAGAGAAGCCCUAUGAGUGCAGCAAGUGUGGGAAGGGCUUCAGCCAGAGCUCCAACCUCCACAUCCACCAGCGGGUUCAUAGGAAAGAUCCUAUUAAAUAAGGUCUACUGGAAAGACUUAAACAUUUUUAAUAUCACUCUUCCCUUUAUAUUCUCAGGAGAGAGAUCAUAGGUUAUUCAGAUAUGUUCCCUCACUGAAAUUUAUUCAUUCAUUUAAAGUAUUUAAGUACCAAGCACUUUGUCAUGCUAUUCAGAGAACCGAUUGUUCUGGUUCCUCGGAUGGGUAGAGUGAAAUAUCUGUACUUUGCAGUUCAACCAGUGUUAUUAGAACUGUAUAUCCUACCCCGCAUUUUUAAGUGCAAAAAACUUUAUAUUUGUGCAAGCAGAACAUGUUUCCCCUUGUUCACAUUCUGAGAAAUUGAAACUCUGGUUUCUCUUCAAAUCAUGUGCCUUGUGUUUUUCCUAUUUCCUUCCAGCCUUGAUGAGCUCUCUCUGAACUGUGAUUGCACGUGUUAGUUUUAGGUCAAGGGAGUGAGUGGUGGGAGAUACUAUGGGCAUGAAAUCUCUUGUGUUUAUGAAAAAAAAUAUACCAACAGUGUGUGGCCACGUGGCAGGUGGUAGAGAGGAGCUACUUGUGUGGUACACCCCAUACACUGUUUUACAGAAUAUUGAACCCACCCCCCUAAGGCAGCUGCCUAGGAACAGAAGUAGUUCUUUUUCCUGGGUGCGGCUGGUCUAUUGGGGUUCUUCCAGAUCUCACCACUUCAGAUGACCCCCCACCACCAAACUAAAGCCAAAUAGGGUACAUAUACCAUGUUGAAACAUAGCAGAAAUGAAAUAUAUCUAAAUGUAUUUAAUUCCUCACUACCUCAUUUCCUUAAUUUUCUUCAGCACUCAUGUCUGCGCUAAGCAAAACAAAGGAGUCCAGAGAGAAAAUUUCUAGUAUUUUUCUCUUUGGGCUUAUCUCUUGUUUUAAUAUUUGCUGUACCCCCCAAAAGCCAUUUGUUUUCACAGAAUCCCCAGCCUGUUUAGGUCUCACUAUAGAUCUAGAAGUCUGAUUUAUAAAAUUAUUCUUAUAUUUGGCUGAAAGUACUUCACAUAAAAAUAGCUAUAUGGGGCACCUGGGUGGCUCAGUUGGUUAAGCCUCCGACUCCACUCAG